AUGGCAUCCGACCCCUCGCUCGACGUUUCAAAACACACAAAGUACUUCCUGCGCACUCUCAAGACCUUCUUGCCGACCGCAUACCAGAGCAAUGACAGCAACCGCAUGUCCCUCGCCUUCUUCAUCCUCAGCGGACUGGACUUGCUAGGCACACUGCACAAAAACACAACAGAAGAGCAACGGAAAGACUACAUCGACUGGAUUUAUACCAACCAGCACCCCAAGGGCGGCUUCCGCGCUUUCCCUGGCGCAACUUUUGGCGACGCAACCACAGAAGACAAUAUCCACUGGGACCCUGCGAACCUGCCUGCUACCUUCUUCGCCUUGUGUUCGCUACUCAUCUUGGACGAUGAUCUAACCAGGGUCAAGAGGAGAGAAUGUCUACAAUGGCUCACGCGACUCCAAAGACCCGAUGGUAGUUUUGGCGAGACGCUUGUCAAGGGCACCAUCAACGGCGGUACAGACUCGAGGUUCGGAUACUGCGCGACCGGUGUCCGCUACAUCCUGCGAGGAAACCAUCAGGGUGAAGUAGAAGGCUGUCCAGACAUAAACAUCGAAAGCUUCGUAACCUGUAUACGGAGUGCCGAGACGUACGACGGUGGCAUUUCAGAUGCACCCUACCACGAAGCUCACGCCGGCUUCACCUACUGCGCCAUUGGUGCCCUUAGCAAUAUAAACCGCCUUCCAUCGCACGCCCACUCCGCCCUUUCCACUCCUUCGCCAGACGCUUCCCUUACGAACCCCUCGCUCCUGAUAAAAUGGCUGGUCUCGCGCCAGACUGCAACUAUAAGCGAAGAAGACGAGCUAGACACCUACGGCGACGAAACAGACACACCAGAGACCUGCCACGAUGCUCAUACCUUCGUCUACCAAGACAAGUUCGUGAGCAAGCAAGGGAAAAUGAACUAUGAAGGCCGACCGAGUGUCCACUUCAGUCUGGAAUGGACGGGCUUCAAUGGCCGCUGCAACAAGAUCGCCGAUACCUGCUAUGCCUUCUGGGUUCACGGCUCACUAUGCAUACUAAAUCAAUCCCAACUUCCCAACAUAGAAUCUGCUCGCCGCUGGCUCCUGGAGAGGACAGUCCACCCUCAACUCGGCGGAUUCGGCAAAGUCGCUGGCGAUCUGCCGGAUGUCUAUCACUCAUAUCUCGGUCUCGCCACCUUGAGUUUGUUUGGCGAAGAAGAAUUAAAACCUCUGGAUCCAGGGUUGUGUAUUAGUAAAGAGGCUAAAAGUAGACUCGGGGCCAUUUGGAAGCGAUGGGGCAUUGAGCAAUGA